GCUGAAUCGAUUUCUACUGAGCACUGUGUUCAUUGAGAAAAACAAAGAAGCACGUGACUCUUUCAUUGACGUAGAGAAUGCGGUUUUCACGUUUGAUAGUAACGGGCGAGUCCAUUUUUUACGAAGGAAGACAGCUUUAUAUACGUUUGUUUAUAUGAAGGAUAUUACAGUUUAAGACUAGAACUUGAGGAGUAUACACGUCCUGUGGACAAUUUCUUUCUGCCUCAGGCAAGAAACUAUUAUACUAGGUCAAAUCAGUGUGCACCAAAGAGUUUGGUAUGCGAUAAUAAUUUCUUGUGAAAAACCUGCAAAUUUUAUUACUCUUAAAAUUGGACCGGAACUUUAUUUUUAGUGACAGAAUUUUUCAGAGAAAAAUGGACACUUAUAAAAUAUUAAUUCAACCUGCAACAGGGGGGAGUUUUGAUGUUCAGGUUCCCCAUAAUGAAACUGUUCAGGGACUACAAUGGACUUUAUCCAGGAUGUUUAAUAUACACAGAGACCGGAUUACUCUGCUCCAUCAGAAUAAGCACCUAAAACAUGGUUUUUUGAGAGAUUAUGACGUUGAAGACGGUAGUACUUUGACACUGAUACCAAGCAUGGAAACUGGUUUAUCUUUUCAUAAAAAAGACAGUGGAGUUAUGCAAGCUUUAGAGAGUCUAACAGAUUCACAGAUAAGCGAGUUUCUGUCGGGGAGAGCACCAUUGGUAUUAGCCAUGAGACUGGGAGACCACAUGAUGUUUAUUCAGCUUCAACUUUCUACGCAAAGUGGUUCCAAGCGAGCCCGUCCCUCUCCAGUUCAACUCCCUACCCCCCAAAACAUGACCGUGCACGAUCAUCAAGACGUCCCCUCCCCUACCUAUAUACCACAUACCGGGAGCAACGGAAUUCCUUAUAAUUUACAUCAAUUCCGGAGUUUCCCCGACUCAGAAAAAAAGUGCCAAACCUCUAGCUUUAAUCAGGGUGUAAUGGAGAACACCUCAGGUUGUCAAGGAGCUGUGAUAGAAAGUGUGGAGAAUCUUGGUCGGGGCAUGUACUCCGGGACAUUCUCAGGGACUCUUGACCCCUCAGUUUAUUCUGUGGAAGGCCGUCCCCGUAGAGACCUUACUACCAUCAUUCAUAUUUUGAAUGACCUCCUUAGUGCAGUCCCCCAUUACAAACCACACUCAUUUCUUCACCAACCACAACAGUCAACCACCGAUUCACAAUUUAAAGAAAGACGAGCUCAUAAUCCCAACUGUACAGACGAAGUGGACAAUGCCAAUAUCCGCAGUAAAGUCAGACAUCUUAAAAUGAUGAUGGCAGAGAAAAAACAGCGCAGAAAAAACAGACGAACCUCACAGGCUCCUUAUCAAUGGCCACGGAAGCAGGAUCGUAGCUUUAAAUCCGACACCAGUUCAGAUUGUCUGAAUUCUGAAAACCAGGUCCCCCAGGAUUCUUACAAAAAUCUGACAGAAGAAACUGUAGCAGUCUGAGCACAUUGUCUCUGAGACUUUGGGUCAGUUUUCCCCAUAAAGCUGACAUAUCUGUUUGUUAGUUUUUAGGGAGCUUUCUGUUGUGGUGGUUUUAGAAACCACUGGUACUACAGAAAAGGCAUUUAUAAAUAUGUUACAUUGUUCAACUUUGGCCAUUGUUGAAGCAUUGGAUAUGACUGCUGAUAUGAUACAAAUAUGCAUUUACCACUAAAGCAUUAUGUAUUUUUUGUUGAUAAUGUGAUUGAUCGGGCCAAGUUGUUAGAUAUGUUAUAAGGGCUGGAGAUAUAUGUAACAAAUAAAAUGCUAGUCAAUUGGUGUUGUGAACAAAAUGCAGGCCCAUAAUAACAGGGGUUCAUUGUCAUGAACAACUGCAUGUUCAUUAUCUAGAGAACACAGUCUUGGAACAAGUUAACAUACUUGAUCUAUAGAUAAUCUUGUAGUGGAUUUUGUGUGCACUUUGUAGAGGCAUAUUGUCUAUAAAGCCUAAAAUUGUUGUCUUUUGUGGCCAGUAUAUAUCAGUAAUUGUUCCUCACUUUGAUUCCGUUGUGUUUUUUGCUUAUUUUCUUACCUUUGUGUACAUGAUAAGGUCAUUGAAGGUCAUGACAUACUCCUUUCUCAGGCUCCAUACAGGUCAAAAACUUCAUAUCAAAGUAGAUUAUUGUUGUUGAGUGACUCAUCUUUUUUUCUCCCCAUAUUUCCUCAAAUGAAAAAAAAAAAAGAAGAAAAAUUCCAAAAUUUAAAAUUUCAGUUGCAUUAUUAAAUCGUUGCUCAGGAAUGCCAAACACAAAAACUGCAGAGUAAAGGUAUUUAACCUCUUCUCAGUAUUAACUAAUGAGAUUGUACACAAAUUUAUCAGAGAAAUUCUUGAUGCAAUAAUCUAUGGAGAGUUUUACCUUGUAAAUCUUGAAGAGUAGCAGGGAGAAGGAUUCGAUAUUUUUCAUAUUUAUCUAUUUAUUUUAGAAAAAAAUACUAAAUGACUCCAUAGGGCACAUAUUUCUUUAUUUUCAUUUUUUUUCAGUUUGUACAUUUAGUGCUAUAUAUUUAUUACUCCCUUAAACUUGUUUUGAAAGAAAUAAUUUGACAUUUUUUGUUGAUCUCAUGUACGUUUUUUUAAACGAGAUUUAGUCUAUAGCUGCUAUGACGCACACAUAAAUAGUUGUCUCCUGUAUAUAAACUUAUUACGUAGAGCACCAUGCAGUCUUCAUUUUAAACUAUUCAGGUAGACAAUAUGCUAAUUAAGUAACUAUUUUCAGAUGUUUAAAUAUGGUUCUUAUGCCAUUAUAAAAUAACUGAAUUUUUAUGGGGCAAUGAACAGAUAAACGUGCCUGUAUUGGUUCAUUUUAAUAAAAGACUACACGUCAUAGAGAUUUUUUUUUUUAAAUCUGUGACCCACAGACAUAAAUGUUUGCCUAAACAUCGACUUCCUUGUUUGAAAUUGUCAGAAAAUCAGGCGAUUUUAUCUAGACUAUAAGUGUUCCAGGUAUUGCCUGUUACUUCUUGUAGCAAUGACCUGGUAUCAUAAUUCACCACUUAAUAUCAACAGAUUAAAAUGACUUGUGUUCCUAUCACCUCUGAACAUCAAACCUUUAUAUAAGUAAUUGAAAUUCCAUGAUUUUUUUUUUCUUAUGGAUUGAACUUGUAUAAUAUUACUUACUGACCUUAGUGAUUACUUAAAUGACAUUUAAUUUUGCAUGGAUUGUUGAUUUUGCAUGGAGGAUGUUUUUUUGUAUUGUAAUAUUAUAUUGCUACAAUGUCCGUUGAGCAGGCUCACGCGACAUUGGAUUAUCAAAUCACUCCUCCACAUGUAUCCUGUAGGCGGCUCAUAUACAUACUUGUAUAUCAAUAUAUGUAUGACUGUGUAGUGUUACCCUCCAUAUCUAUUCAUUAUUUUUUGUUCAUGAUUGUUAUCAUAAUCUGGUGUUAGUAAAAUAACAGUUUGCUACCAAUAUUUUUUCUUUUGAUGACAAAAUAAAAAAAAAGUUAUGAAUACAAA